AUGUUACUUCGAUUUGGAGAUGAUUGUAUACAACCCGGAAAGCCUAGUGCCACCCCAAUGUUUCAACAUCAGAACAGACCUUACUACUACUUUGAUCUUCGCGGAAUUGAGGUAAACCGAAAGGACCUUGAAAUUCCUCCUAACGCGUUUCAAAUCACACCAGACGGAAAAGGAGGAACCAUAAUCGACACAGGCACAACCAUAAGCCUUGUAACUACUUCGGCCUACCAAGCCUUAGAAAAAGAGGUGGCAGCAUAUAUUGAAUCUAGAAACUCAAAUGUAGAGAAAUUAGACUGUCCUUCAGCAAGGUAUGAAGGGUUCGGCCUUUGUUACAAGCGUGUACGUGAGCCUACAACCUUUAAUCUCCCUUGGAUUACUUGGAAGUUUGCAAAUAACGUAAUUUUCGUGAUGAAUUCUGAUGUAACAUUUGAAAUUUACACCAAACAUGAUGGUCAAGUCCUUGUUUGUUUGAUGAUUUUUGAAAAUAGUAUGGAAGACGGUGAUGGUAUGACCGUAUCAGGAUCUACGCAACAAGUUGGUCAUCGGAUAACAUAUGAUAUUCCAAAUGGAAAACUACUUGUUGCAAAUGAGGAUUGCAACAAGGGUCGUUGA